GCAUAGCAAUAAUGAAUAACAAUACAUCGUUAAACAGUAACGUAUGGAAACAGAUUGAACCUAUAUUAAAUGUGAUUUCUGUCAUGAUCUACAUCAUUUGCUUCCUUGCUGGUGUAGUUGGAAAUGGGAUUGUUAUCUGGAUCACCGGUUUUAAGAUGAAAAAGUCCACAAACACUAUUUGGUAUCUCAACUUGGCUAUUGCUGAUAUUUUCUACUCAAUUCUCCUCCCAUUCUUUAUCAUCAAAAUACUGAUGAAUCAAACUUGGGUUUUUGGAAAAGAAUUUUGCAAAAUAACACACUCUUGUCUCUUUUUGUGUAUGUAUGCCAGUGUUUUUCAUUUGACAACUCUUAGCAUUGACCGACUUGUAUUAACUAUGCUUCCAAUCUGGUAUCAGAAUCACAGAACAGUAAAGUUUGCAUGCACUGUAAGUUUAGCAACGUGGGCACUGUGUAUUGCUUUAAUUUCUCCAUACUUUGCUUUCUAUGAGGCUGCAGUAAAAAAUAAUAAAACAUACUGCGUAAAUAAUUUUAAUCCCGCUGGUAGAAAUGCAACACUGAUAAAAGCAAUAGGAAAACAAAGGCAAAAAGCUAUGAUCGUAACUCGUUUUGUGCUAGGAUUUAUAAUUCCACUGCUGAUUAUUACAGUCUGCCACAUGGUACUUGCAGUGAAAGUGAAAUACCGGCACAAUGUCAAAUCCAGUAAAGCAUUCAAGGUCAUGGUUGCAGUUAUUGUGAGUUUUUUCCUUUGCUGGCUACCUUAUCACAUGAUUAAUAUCUCACUCAUUAAUGCAGAAAGCAACACUAUUUCAAAAGUGUUUUCUGCCCUGAGUUUUAGUCUGGCUUGCAUAAACUGCUUUCUGAAUCCCAUCCUUUACGUAUUCAUUGGUCAACGAUUCAAGGAGACAUUCAGGAAGUCCAUAACAGCAAUUUGUGAGUCUGCUUUCACUGAAGACAGUUUUUUUCAUAGUUUUCGGAGGAAAACAGGGCCUUCUCUGUCUUCAGAAAUGAAAAGUUUGCAGAUGUAAUAACACAGGGCUAUAUAUCUUGAUUGCAUCAUGUCUUUUUUUCUACUCUGAGGACUGGAAAUGGAUGAUAAAUUUUAAGACUGUAAUUAUACAAAGUGGAAAAUAACCGUCAUCUGCUCCUAACUGACCAAGCUUGAUCAAUCAAUGUAUCCCAUCUACUUGGUAUUUGUUGAACUACUUCUUUACCAAAAAUUAUUGAGGUCUGUCCUAUUCAUGGAUUUUGCCUAUAAUGGGAUAAUGAGUUGCUAGUAUCAUGCUGGAUGGGAUUUUUUUUAGAUUUACUUCCCUAAUAUGUGCUGGUAUAUAAAGAUGUCCACACAGCAUAAGCACAAAUCUGUAUGCAGGUGUUGUACAUCUCUGAAUAUUCAUGCCUUCUUCAUCUUGUACUGUUACAACUUUAACAUUCAAAUGGAUUAUCUUCACAUCAAUGAUGAGACUACCAUUAACCCAUCUAGAGGUCCUCAUCUUUUACUAUUGCACCUUCAGCAGUCUCUGCGGGUUGACACAUAAAAAUAACUGUGAAUCAUCAUCUCAUCUGAACAAACUCUCCCUCUAAAGGUUCAUCUUAUACCUUCUCCACUUAUCCUCACCAGCUCUGGCUUAUUCCUGAAUCAAGUGAACCAAGGUCUUUUAUGCAGCACAAGACUGACAAACAGCUAACAAUUAAGAAUAUAAAAUUUAAAAAGGGAUAUUGUUGCUCUUGUUUUGCUUUCAUUUUUUAUUUUAUCAUUCUUUGGUAUUGCCAUUUUUCAUACAAGAUUGAUUGCUUGCUUGCCAUUAGAGAUAAUAUAUGCUGUAGAGCAUCACAAUAAAAAAAUGAUUACAAUUUUAAAUGUGAAAUAAAUAGAACAGCCAUCCAUACAUAUUUUACCAUACCAUGAUGCAUUGCACUUAAUAUUCAUCAGUUUCACAAAAGUAGUUGAUACAUGCUUUUGAAAAUAAGCAUUCAUGUUCAAGCUGCUGGCAAUAAAACCUGUUGCAAUGAAGUGUUCUGCAUU